UACAAAUGUUUUUCAAGUAAGGUGUCUAUUACAGUUGGUAAAAUUUGUGACGGUGUAAUGGACUGUAUCCAUGGCGAUGAUGAAUUACUUUGUCGUUUUACUUGCCCAGUACGGUGCAUAUGCAAAGGGUAUGCAAUGAAUUGUAAAGUGUACGAUCUGAACAAAACUUCUAUAAGUACGUUUUCAAAAUUUUCACGCUCAUUAACAUUCAUCAGAGACAACGAAGCGGAAAUAACAUUGGCUGAAGAUGUAUUGGACUUUCCUUACUUAUAUCUUUUGAACUUGAGUCGUUGUAAUAUUGAAAACAUAGAGCCAAAUGCAUUUUUCAAUGUGGCUAAUCUACGAGUAUUAGAUCUCAGUAAUAAUCGGAUAAUAACAUUGUUCCCUUUAAUAUUUAGUGGGUUACAACAUUUGCACACAUUAAUCCUGGAUGGAAACAGUUACUUAGAAACCUUGGAAGCGUUUACUUUCCAAAAUUUGAAGUCAGUUAAGCAUCUAAGAAUAGCAGGCACUAAAUUGAAAAUCCUUGUCACGAACACGUUUGCUGGUCUUAAUCUUCAACGUCUAGAAUUGGAGAACAAUAACUUUCAACACAUUGAAAAGUCUGGCUUAGGAAAUCUUGAAGUAAAAUAUAUAUCUUUCGAAUUCAAUUCUGUAACCUCUUUUGACAAAGGGAUGUUCACCGGUGUAUCUUCUCUGAAUUAUCUACGGACACCAGCAUAUAAAUAUUGCUGUAUAAGACCAAAUUAUGUAGCCGAGGACAGAUGUUUUCCAACGAAAGACGAAUUUUCGUCAUGUGAGGACCUCAUGCGAAAUUCUGUUUUACAAACAUUGCUAUGGAUAAUUGGAUUAUGUUCACUGCUCGGGAACAUUUUGUCAUUUCUCUAUCGCUUGAAAUUCGACAGGGAACGCUUAAAGCUGGGAUAUGGUAUCUUCGUCACGAAUUUGGCAGUAGCAGAUUUUUGUAUGGGAAUGUAUUUGAUUACUAUAGCUGUUGCAGAUGCCGUAUUUAGAAAGAGGUAUAUUUUCAUGGAUGACUAUUGGCGGAACAGUAUAUGGUGCACAUUGGCUGGAGUGCUGUCUACUUUAUCAUCAGAAGCAAGCGUUAUGUUUCUUUGUCUUAUCACGUUGGAUAGAUUACUGGUCAUCAAAUACCCUUUUGGACAAGUUCGACUGAAUGGAAAAAGGGCUGCAGUAUUGUCAGCAGUUGUAUGGGUUCUGUGUUCAGUUAUAGCCCUGUUUCCUCUGAUGUAUUCUGCAUACUUCCGGAGCACGUUUUAUAACAAGUCUGGAGUGUGUAUUGCAUUGCCUUUGACCAGAGAUCGCCCGCCUGGCUGGCUGUAUUCUGUUUUAAUUUUUGUAGUAUUAAAUUUUGUCACGUUUCUUCUUAUUACUGCCGGUCAAUGGUCCAUCUUCACGAAUGUUCGCAAGUCGAGAAAGGGCUUAACAAAGGGUUCAUUGGCAAGGAAGCGAGAUUUGACAGUUGCACGAAAUCUGCUUCUUGUUGUAGCUACAGACUUUCUGUGCUGGUUUCCGAUAGGAUGCAUCGGGUUAAUGGCGCUCUCUGGGCAUGUUAUUUCCGGCGAUGUUUACGCAUGGGCAGCUGUAUUUAUUCUACCUGUUAAUUCGGCUUUAAAUCCUGUCCUCUACACUCUGACGGCGAUUCUUGGCAAAAAGAACUUUACGCCAAGAAUAAAUGAGCAGGCAAACCAGGCUGUUCGACCAGAUCUUGGAAAAUAUAUCAUAAUGCGCAGAUACCAUGUACACGACUCGGGUCCUGAAAAUGCGUACAAAAGCCUCGGAGAAAUUUUACAUGAUACCAGUUUACCUGCUAGUAUCAUUUUGAAAAUCGCCCAUCAACUGACACAAACACUGCAAGUCUUGCACAAAAGCUCGCUUAUGAUGGGUACAGUUAACGAAAAUUCACUGUAUAUAAAGGUUACCGAAAACAAGAUAAAAGGAGACGUUCAGUUGCGCCAGGAGCCAAACCUUUGCAAAAGGCGAACUGAUACCUGCAUUGACAUGCAUGAAUUAGGAUUGUUACUGCGAACACUUAUACGUAACAGUUAUUGCAAGACAAACAAAAGUGGAUAGAUUUCUGAAAACCUGAAAAUCUACAAUCGCUAUUUGUGACAUGAUGAAAAUUAGCCGAAAUGUACGGUGUUCCGUUAGGGCCGAAAUGGGAAUUAUAAUUUUAAUACUUUGUAGAGAAAACGCUUAUACUGUCCAUUCGUAUAUGUGUGCAUACGAUAUAUGUCAUAUUGUAUAUUUUAAUGUUACUGACUGAACCAAAUUUUGUCUACUAUUAAGUUAUGGUUUGGUAUUAAGGUUCUUGUAAACCCUUUUGAAACCUCCCCUCAGAUGAGUUUUUGCUUCAAAUUAGUGUUUUACAACGUAUAGACCUUUGUUUAUCAUGAAUAAUAUACCAAACUGUUCAAAAUAAGUUGAAGAAACUUAACACAGAUUAUUCUCUUCUGAACAACACAUUUAGUCCUGUAUAACAUACAGUCGACUGUUCACGUUCUGUUCUGUAGAAUAUAUCAAGCCUCUUUUUCAAACAUGUUGUGUGUCUAACAUAAUAUUUCUCCAGAUAGUCUGGGAGCUGAAGGUGUUACAACCCAUGUACAUUUGUACAUUUAAAAAGUGCAAAAUGAAAGUGAAGCUGCGAAAAUGUAAAAAAAUAACAUAUUUAGUAGAGAAAAAACAUGUCCAAGAAGAAGUUGAUAUUUCAGUCUAUGAAAUAGAAUGUGGAAAGUCGAAGAACGAAUGUUUCGAACAAGACGACAUUUAUAGAAAGUAUCUUCUACUUUUUAACAAUUCCGUAUGUAUAUGUUAUAUAUAUUACGGGUCUGUCAGGUAUAAUUUCUAUACUAAAUUAUUACCGAGGGAUGGUCUCAAAUAUUUCUUGUUUUUUGUUUGUUUGUUGUUGCUUUUUUUUGUUGUUGUUGUUGCUUUUUGUUGUUGUUAUUGUGUUUUUGUUUUUUUUUUUUUUUUUUUGUUAUUAGAAUGUUACUUUUGUUGUUUUUUGUU